AAAGGCAUCGCCGCGGACGGCUCUGGCUCGGUGGAGCGCAGAUAAAAAAAGGAACCGAAAAAAAAAAAUGUUGAGUUUUUCACGAUGUUUUUUGUCUAUGGCUGUGUGAUAAGUGAAUAGUGUCAGUGGGUUGUUUUGACUGGUUUUUUUUUUUUGGAUUCGUUAUCUUGCAAUGGUUUUCGGUUUGAAAAGAUGCAUACGUGGCUACGAAAUUGUUUGACAAUACAUAAUAUAGUUUAACUAAAUCUCCGAGCGCAAUGAAGUUUAUUGUUGAUUUAAAAUCGAAAUAAAAAUAUUGGUGUCCUGCUCUCGUCAAUGUAAAAAUAUCUCGAUCAUGCUUGUUCGGUUAAUGUUUGUAUUUAAAAUACUUUAAAUUUUGGUGUAAUCAAAAGAGAAAAUUAAAAAUAAAAUGACUUAAUAUAAAAAAAUAAUUAAGUAAUAGUUUUUAAAACAAUAUUAUAGUGAAGAACAUUAGAUAAAUGCUCAAAUAAAUGAACAAAAAUCAAUGUGACAGUGAAGAUUUGUAAUUUUCAAUUUCUAAUAAAUACCCAAUGUUCUAUUUCAUGACUUGGUUCUCGUUUGACUACCCAUUUUCCACGUGAACAUUCCAGAAUUAAAUUUGAAAAUGGAUUUAUGAGUGUUCGCGAUACGAACUGCAGCAUGUACACCACGUGGUACAGCCGUGGUGAAAGUGGGAUGCAUCACCACCAAAUGGGGAUGUACCACCACGGACCCCCCAUGAUCAAGACCGAAGCGGGGGUGAACAGUGACUGCAUGAUGGCAGUCGAUUACGCCCCACCGAUCAAGAAGGCGGGUGCAUCAUCAGCGUUUGUUUGGAGCGGAGGGGGGGUGACCGGUGGAGGGGGCCAGGAACAGCAGACCGCGCAGACCGCCGCCGUGCCAACAGGCACGACAGGCGGCGGCGGGGCACAAGGUCUGGUGCACUGGAUGUCUGUGAUGGCAGAGCACAUGGGAGGGGGACACAAUGACCCCUCCCAUUACGCGCUGCCUCCAUGGAAUAACGGCGGAGUCGAUCACUGUCAACAAAAGGAUGGUCUGGAAUACGCCGCGUGGUCUCGACCACGGGGCGCUAUGGCCAUCAAGCAGGGCUAUGAGGCAAAGAUGAAUGCAGGAGAUGGCACGAUCGGCGGUCACCAGAAAGCUGACGACCGUUUGGGCCAUCACCAGUCCAUGAGCCAGAUGCUGUACGGAACGGGCCUUGGACCUGGACGAUCUGGUUCCUCAUCGUCGUCACCAGUAGGCACGAAUACUGGUAGCGGGCUGCUGGUGGUGCCUCAGCCCUUGGGCAAGGGCCCCACCAAGUUGCAGCCACUCCACGGUCACGCCAGGAAAUACCACUGCAAGAUGUGCCCUCAGGUGUUCGGCUCCAAGGCCGACCUUCAGCUCCACACGCAGAUCCAUCUCCGAGAAGCCAAGCCCUACCGGUGUACGCAGUGUCCGAAGGCUUUCGCCAAUUCGUCAUACCUAGCCCAGCAUUCCCGUAUCCAUUUGGGCAUAAAGCCUUACCGCUGUGAAAUUUGCCAGAGGAAGUUCACUCAGCUGUCCCACCUCCAGCAACACAUCAGGACGCACACCGGCGACAAGCCCUACCGUUGCACGCAGAUCGGGUGCACGAAAGCUUUCUCCCAGCUAUCGAAUCUCCAAAGCCACAGUCGUUGCCACCAAACCGACAAGCCCUUCAAAUGCAACUCUUGCUAUAAAUGUUUCACACACGAGAAAGACUUGCUCGAACACAUCCCCAAGCAUAAAGAAUCGAAGCACCUCAAAACGCACAUAUGCCAGUACUGUGGGAAAAGUUAUACGCAAGAGACGUAUCUCAGUAAGCACAUGAAUAAGCACGCGGAGAGGGCUGACAAGCGGCCGCCUAUCUCGGCGUUAGGGCUGAGCGGCUUGAACAGGUCCCUAGCUGCAGCAGCGCCGACGGCCGCGCCUUUCGCAGACCAUCCAUACUGGCCCAAAGUCAGUCCUGAUUCGGCAGCCCACAUGUCCGACGAGGGCGGGUACCAUCAGCAACGUGAAAGCGACGACCACCACGAGCAGCAGAUGCAGCAACAGCGGGCGCUGUUCGCUCAGCACGAGAGCCAGGACGACAGGAUCCAGCCCCCCGUGUCUUCCGCCGCGAACUCCGCGUUCACGCCGAUAAACUCGAUGGCCCCGCAUUUGAAUGGCCUGUCGCACCACAGCGCGUUGCCGACUCGGCCGUAUCUCUACGACCCCCUGCACUUCCAGCAAGGGAAGCAGCAGCCCGGCUCCUUCCCAAACCAGCUCAUUUCCUUACACCAGAUCAGGAAUUACGCGCAUCAGCCCUCGGCGUUGCUGCCCGCAGAACACAUCCUACCGCACGCUCUAUCGCACAAAGAUAAACAGUAACAUUAUCGCCGUUUAGGUACACCACUUUAGUACUUACGAUGGUAUUACUAGUUAUAAAAAAACAAAUUUUAACGAAACAUAAUUUAGAAUCUCUCUGGAUGUAAGUGCGUUUAUAGUGAAUGCACGAAGGGUUUUUAUUCGCCGUCGACGGAUGAAAUUGCAUUUCUAGGGAAUACUUUUUUUUUUUGUUAUUACAAUUUAAUGCUCUAAAUUUUUGGGUAGUUAUUCAAAUUUAUCGGUCACGAAGAUUGGCUAGUUACGUUCACUGAUUACGCUUCAGCGGAGCGGUCGGCUCUCCACGUUCUACUCGUAGACUGAUCAGCAUGACGAACGCAAGCGAUCUUCGAUCUCCGUGAGCCAAUGCUGACGAGUCUGCGAAUACGAACUGCUCAUUCACAACACUGCUCCACGUUAGCGUAAUCACCGAAUCGUUGAUAUUAAAUGGCCUAAAUGCGUCAUAAUAAGCAUAGCAUAAUACGCAUUCCCAGUGAGAUUGAGUUAUAUAAACCGGCCUUCGUCUCGUGUAUUGCAUUUUGUAUUUUAAGUUCUUGCUAAACAGAUCUCUAUGAUUACAUCACAUUUUUCACUCAGUUCCUACUUAGGUCGUAUUUUUUUUAUUAUUAUUUUAGAUAUUCCUUUAAAUUCUCCUUCAAAAUUUAUCUUCGUUCGCGUUGGAUCGAAAAUAGAGCGUUAUUGUUCGUCAAGCAUACUCAUUGUGAUCGUUUAUUGCAUCGUAUUUGUGUUGUGAUAUUUUCGAUUCAAACACGCGAACAUUCUAAAAUGUAACGCUCGUUCUGGUUGAAAAAAUGCUCUUUCAUCGGAUAAAAUUAUUUAACUACAUUAAUAAUGUAUCGUUAAAUCUUAUUGUUCUGUUGAUGGAACAUGUUUUCCCAUUCUAAUUUAAAACAUUGAGUGGCCAAAAUUGUCUUCAUUGUCUUCUCACACGCAGGGCGCAUUUUUGUAUAUAAAAAAACAUGUAAAUAAUUUACAAUUUUUCGAGAAAACCUUGGGAUUUUUAUUGUUUUUUUUUAUUAUUAUUAUUAUUAUUUACGUUUACUUAAUUCUAAAAUGCUUAUGCUCAAUUAUAUUAGCAUUAAGGUGCAUCGGGGUACAGGAAAGACACGGAAAAGUUGUAUUAUAAUAAUUUCAUUGUGUAUGUGUGUGUACUUAAUUGGCCGACAAACAACACUUCGAACGGAGGUUUGUGUUCAGUUUAAGUAGAAAUUAAAUUUACCCUCAGAUAUAAUUGACGUCACACUGAAUGUUGCCCUCAAACAAAAAUUACACUUGGGUACAAAAAGUUCGUUUAGAUAAUCUCAAUGUAUACGAACAAAUUUGAUUUUAUUAUUAUUAUUAUUAAUUAUUUAAAUAAAUAAACGGUUCGUAGUAGAGUUAACGAAAUGAAAUGUGAUAGGAGACGGGAAUAAGGGAAGAAUGCUAUUUUUGGAGGAAAUUGUUCGAUUCUUUGAAAGAUCCUUUUUUUUUGCUGUUUCGUUUUGUUGUUGAAUUUAAAAAUGGUAACUUAGGUUGUGGUACCCGUAAGGCGUCCGGUCUGUCUGUCUGUCACAAUUAUAGCCAAAUAUAAGUUCUUGUAGAUUGAAGGGAAAUUAUUCUGCGACUGUUCCAGUGCACAAUGCGAGGGCGGGACAAGCCCCUGCAAAACAAAAUUCUCGUGUCGAAUGAAAAAAAUAAUUCGACGAACAAAAGUACCAGUUAAUUUUGAUUUUAUUUAAACGAAUUGCGAUUUUCUCUCUCUCUCUCUCUAUUGUAAGUAGAAUUGUGAUAUACUAUUAUUGUGUGUAUUUGUUUUAUUUUUUAUUAAGUUAAUUUGUAAAAUUAUGAAUACGAUUUAAUUUUGUAAGUAGGUACGUUCUUUUCGUUAUACGUUAGUUCUUGCUUCACAGCAUCCUCUGUUUUAAGAUUAUAGACGAAAGUGAACGAAAACAGUUUUUUUUUUUGUUACUUAAAAUCAAUUAAAAAUUAAUUAAAAACUAUGCCAAGAAACUA